AUAUCAACUUUCUGAAUUUGCUUGCUAAGUCGUUCAAUUCAAAGGUUUGAUUUUGAAUUUGUUUGUUUACCUCUCUCUGUCUCUCUUUGUACGCGUUUCAGCGUUAGUUUUCUUUAUAUCUCUAGCUUCCUUCCUUCCUUCCUUCCUUCCUUCACGCCGAUAUAACUCUCUGAUAGACUCGGUAAAUCCAUCGGACAUAAUCGUUUAAAUGGCGCAACAAACGUUGCUAUACAGUUUCGUCGCUCGUGGCACUGUGAUCCUCGUGGACUUCACUGAUUUCAAAGGCAACUUCACAUCCAUCGCUGCACAGUGCCUUCAAAAGCUUCCUUCCUCGAACAACAAGGUCAUCUACAACUGCGAUGGUCACACCUUCAAUUACCUCGUCGAAAAUGGUUUCACCUAUUGUGUUGUUGCAGUCGAUUCUGCUGGGAGGGAGAUUCCUAUGGCCUUCUUGGAACGAGUAAAGGAGGAUUUCAACAGGAGAUACGGUGGUGGAAAGGCUGCUACUGCUCAAGCGAACAGCUUGAAUAAGGAAUUUGGGUCGAAACUGAAAGAGCACAUGCAGUAUUGUAUGGAUCAUCCUGAUGAGAUUAGCAAGCUUGCUAAGGUGAACGCUCAAGUGUCUGAAGUUAAAGGUGUCCUGAUAGAAAACAUUGAGAAGGUUAUUGAGCGUGGUGGGAAAAUUGAUAUUUUGGUGGACAAAACCGAUUACCUUCGUUCUGAGGCGGACCGUUACAGAACACAAGGAGAUCAAAUAAGAAGAAAGAUGUGGUUUCAGAACAUGAAGAUUAAACUCAUUGUUCUUGCAAUCAUCAUAGCCUUGAUCCUCAUCAUCAUCCUUUCAGUAUGCGGUGGCUUCAACUGUGGCAAAUAAGAUAUGUUCAUUGUGCUGUUUUUUUUUGUGGUUUCUAAAUCCUCAUGCUAUGUUUCUGCUUAGAUUGCACUUGUUGAAAUUGUUUUUGUAUAGGCCGUGUAUAUAUAUGUAUGAAUGUUCAACAUUUUGCCAACAUUAUUAUUACUUGUACAGACACUGAUUCUUGUAAACCAUUAUUUGGAACUAAUAUGAACGCUUGU